CGCAACAGUGAAAACAAUAAGAUUCUACUUCUAGUAUUUUUGUUCCCUCACCUUAACCAAGAACGGCCUUGGCUUUUCUUUCCUCUCCCUUCCAACCCCUUAUUAAAAUACACUCUCUCUCUGUCUCUCUCUCUCUCCUAUCUCCUUCUUGAUAUGUAUAUAUAUAUAUACAUGCCGAUUCUUGAUCGCUAGUGCAUUAACUGAAAAAUAGCAAUGUCUCCUCCUGAACCUCCCCAACGAGCAGACCAUGUCGAACAAGAGAAAGAACCUUUGGUUUUCGAGUUGAUUCUUCAACAUGAAUCCAACAUACCCUCUCAGUUCAUUUGGCCUGAAGAUGAGAAACCAUGCCUUGACUCGCCACAACUUGAGAUUCCGCCUAUCGACUUGGGUAGUUUCUUGUCCCGAGACCCAAAAGUUGAGGCAAAAACAAUAGAGCUUGUUAAUGAGGCAUGCAAGAAGCAUGGAUUCUUUCUAGUUGUUAAUCAUGGAGUUGAUUCGCAGCUUAUAGCUAAAGCUCAUGAGUAUAUGGACAUUUUCUUUCGUAUGCCACUUGCAGAGAAGCAGAGAGCUCAAAGAAAGAUAGGAGAGCACUGUGGCUAUGCGAGCAGCUUCACUGGCAGGUUCUCCUCAAAACUUCCGUGGAAAGAAACUCUUUCUUUCCGAUAUUCUGCUGACGAUAACUUGUCCAACAUUGUUCAAGAAUAUUUCAUCAACGUUAUGGGACCAGAUUUCAAACAAUUUGGACAGGUGUACCAAGAAUAUUGCGAAGCCAUGAACAGUCUGUCCCUUGGUAUUAUGGAGCUGUUGGGGAUAAGUCUGGGACUGGGAAGAGCAUACUUUAGAGAAUUCUUUCAAGAAAAUGAUUCAAUAAUGAGGUUAAAUCAUUAUCCUCCUUGCCAAAAACCAGACUUCACUCUUGGAACUGGGCCUCACUGUGACCCAACCUCAUUAACCAUUCUUCAUCAAGAUGAAGUUGGUGGCCUGCAAGUGUUCGUCGAUGAUAAAUGGCAUGCUGUUCGACCCGAUCCACAAGCUUUUGUUGUUAAUAUUGGUGAUACAUUCAUGGCUCUAUCAAAUGGGAUAUUCAAGAGUUGCUUGCACAGAGCAGUGGUAAAUAACAGAAGAGAAAGGAAAUCAUUGGCUUUCUUUCUAUGUCCAAACAUGGAGAAGGUAGUGAAACCACCACAUAAUUUGGUAGACUUGAAAAAUCCAAGGAAGUACCCAGACUUCACAUGGUCAACUCUGCUAGAAUUUACACAGAAGCAUUACAGGGCAGACAUGAAAACCCUAGAUGUCUUCACAACCUGGCUGCAACAAAACAAUAUAUAGCUGAUGAUAUUGCGAGAAAAAGGCAACAGAAACACCAAAAAAAUACGCCAGCUGGUCUUUGUGACUACGCCUUAAUGUUGGACAGAAUCAUAUGAAUGAAAGAAGCAAAUUGUAGGAAUAAAGCAAAUACAAAUAUAUGUAGAGAGAGAGAGUUAGCUUCUUUUAUUUUUGCUACUUUUUUUUAUUAUUAUUUCUUAUUUGGAAAUUAAGGAUGGAUUCCAUGUACUUUUGUUUUUGGCCUUCCCCAGAUUCUUGCUGCCUCGACCUUGUUUCUGUUUUUGCAUGCAUGUACAACUCCUCCUUUAAUUCUCUUUACUCCUA